CCAAAUUCCACACUUGAAGCUGCGCUUCUCACAUUUCCCUCCUUUCACCGGGAAUUUCGCUCGGGAGUCGCGACUACCUUUAUGUAGACUUCUUGCGCAAGGCUUUUCUUCGACUGAUCUUUUGCGCUGCGUCCGCUUUCUUUCAACCUCCGGGUGAGAUUGAACGAGCAAGAUGCUUUUGAGGAUAGCGUUGUUUUUUGUCCUGGCACUGCUGGUGCUGGGCGCAGAGGACUACUAUAAGUUACUGGGACUGAAGAAAGAUUCCUCUGAGCGCGAGAUCAAGAAGGCAUACCGAAAUCUCAGCAAAAAAUACCACCCAGACAAGAAUCCUGGAGAUGAAACAGCAGGAGAGAAAUUCGUCCAGGUAGCAGAGGCCUACGAAGUGCUCAGCGACGAGGCGACACGCAAAAUCUACGACCAAUACGGUCACGAGGGCAUCGAGCAACACAAGCAAGGCAAAGGCCCACGCCAGAACAACGACCCCUUCGACCUCUUCUCGCGCUUCUUUGGCGGCUCAGGACACUUUGGACACCAUGGCGGGGAACGAAGGGGGCCAAACAUGGAAGUCCGCAUUGCGCUUCCUCUUCGCGAUUUCUACAACGGGCGGAAGACGGAGUUCUCGAUAGAGAAGCAGGCGAUUUGUUCUGCUUGCGAGGGCUCAGGUUCGGCAGACGGACAUGUAGAGCAAUGUAACACCUGCGGCGGGCGCGGAGUACGGAUACAGAGGCAACAACUGGCACCAGGACUGUUCCAGCAGGUGCAAGUACACUGCGACAAAUGUGGCGGAAAGGGAAAGACGAUCAAACACCCAUGCAAGGUCUGCAGCGGCAGCAGAGUGGUCCGCGAAGCCGAAACCCACGAACUCGAGAUCGAAAAGGGAAUGCCCAAGGGCGUGCGCAUCACCUACGAGAACGAAGCCGACGAGAGCCCCGACUACGUCGCCGGCGACCUGGUUGUCCACCUCGUCGAAGGCGACGCCGCACUCGGCGCCCAAGACUUCGAACGCACAGACGGCACAUUCUUCCGCCGUCGCGGCAGGGACCUCUACUGGCGCGAAGUGCUUUCCCUACGCGAAGCCUGGAUGGGCGACUGGACACGCAACAUCACCCACCUCGACGGCCACAUCGUGCAACUCUCGCGUAAGCGCGGCCAAGUCGUUCAACCCAACACUGUCGAAAUCAUCAAGGACGAGGGCAUGCCCGUGUGGCACCAGGAACUCGAGAAUAACGAGGGUCUGCAGUGGGGCAGCCUGCAUGUCGAGUACAUCGUUGUGCUGCCCGAUCAGAUGCAGAAGGGCAUGGAGAAGGAGUUCUGGGGCGUGUGGGACAAGUACAGGAAGAAGAGUGGGGUUAAACUUGAUGACGCUUGGGGGAGACCGACGGAGCCUAUCAAGAUGCCGAAUGCGGAGGAGCAUAGCGAGUUGUAGGUUCUGGGGGCGGCUAUGUGAAAUAUGAAUCUUGCAGAGUGGUGGUUUGGGAGUAUGUUGGGGGUCGUGAUACCCGUGGGUAGUUUGGCUGGAUGGAGUCGAGGAGUUGGUGUGUAUGCAUUGGUUGCGUGGUCUGGUCUGAUCUGGUCGUUGCGUAUAGACGAUAUUGUAUAGAGAUAUGGCU